GUUAACGAUGCACCUUCAGGUUUUUCGUAUUGCUUAAAAGCCGUAGGUGUGUUGCAUGCUAGUCGUGCUCAUGAAUACCUCUGUUGUACCUGAUGUAUCAAACUUCUGAGCACUUUUUGACAUCACACUUUUGUCGUAGUUCUUCGGUCUCAAGCAGUCAUCAUGCAUCUUAAGGUCGUUUUCCUUUUCCCUCUGUUGUCAUGGAGCGCGGCAGCGUCAUCACUUGAGCAGCCGCAUAGCCUCAAUAACACAUCAUUCGCUCACCCUGGCUCCUUACACUCCUCCAAAGACAUUGCAAGAAUCAAGAGCCAUGUCCAAGCCCAAGAUCAGCCUUGGUAUCGAGCCUGGCAGCAUCUGGAAUCCGGAAAAUUAGCUCAAACAUCGUGGAAGCCAACACCGCAGUCAAUUCUUGUUCGCGGCACAAACGCAACAUUUGCGCCCACCAACAACUACGGCUAUGCUUAUCGCGAUGCCCACUCGGCUUACCAACUGGCUAUUCGGUGGCUAGUCGGAGGCAACACUUCCUAUGCAGACCACGCCGCGAAGAUUCUCGACGGCUGGAGCUCCUCUCUCGUCGAUAUCAACGGCACCGAAGACAAGUAUCUCGCGGCGGGACUUUACGGCUACCAGUUUGCCAACGCCGCUGAGCUUCUCCGCGGAUACUCCGGCUGGCCCAAGAAGAACCAGACAGCCUUCGGUAGUAUGCUGAACGGCGUCUUUGCGGUGUAUAACCGCGACUUCCUCGAGCACCACUACAAUAAGCCAGACUUCUACUACGCCAAUUGGGAUCUCUGCAACAUCGCCUCCUUGAUGGCCAUUGGUAUCUUCAACGACAACAGAACCAUGUACGACUACGCCGUCAACUACUUCAAGAGCGGGCUUCCGGGCCAGCCCGAGGUUGUAGCUAAUGGUGCCCUGCCCUAUUUCUCAAUCGCAAAUUUCACGGAGGAGGCCAGCGGAAAGACUCUGAUGCAGAUUCAAGAGUCUGGCCGUGACCAGGGACAUGCUCUGCUCUGCAUAGCUCUCAUCGGAGUUAUCGGACAGCAAGGAUGGAACCAGGGAGUUGAUCUUUAUGACGCCUUUGGCCGCCAGAUCCUGAACGCCGCCGAGUAUGUUGCCAAGUACAACACCAACCACACUGUUCCUUACACGCCUUAUCGCAGCUGGGAGGGCGUGCUGGAAGUCGUCGCUGCCAAAGCUCGUUUCGAUGUGCGGCCUGGCUACGAAACACUCUACUCACACUAUGCGGAAGUCAAGGGUCUUAACGCUUCGUGGUCCAUGGAGUUUCGUGACUUUGUCAACGGCAACUUAACCGCUAAUCUUGAGGGCGGUGGUGGUGACUACAGCGCUAAUUCGGGCGGCUAUGAUUCAUUCGGACAUGGUACUUUGCUGUAUCGUAUCGAGAAAGACAGCUGAACUCCAAUCCUCUUGCACUUGACAGCAAGACUCGAGAAAGCGAACCAACUAGAAAUUUCGGAGUACCCUUUAGUAUCAGAAGAAAAUGUGUAAGACUCAUCGAGGGAUGUGUUUGUCUCCACUGCACAUACAUAAGAUAAAUUUGCGGAAGCACC